ACAUCACUGUUUUAUCAUUGUGUAUGCUUUUCCAAAAUGUAUAUAUCCUGGUGCAAGCUGUUGAUUUACAUCAGGGUAGAGUUAGGGGUUUGGUUGGUGGUUAGUUCUCUCAGACAGUAUGACGUCCACACAGAGGUGGCCAGAGCAGGGUUGGGUACUCUUACAACUAUUGUUGGUGGCGUCGUUCUCUCAGGCUGAGGAGCCGGUGUGUAGGUGGAGAGGGGAUCCUGAGAACCCCCAGCUAUCCAAGGAUGGGGACAUUAUCUUGGGGGGGCUCUUCUCUUUCCAUAGCACGUGGAUAAACAGACAGGAUAACUACAUGCACAAACCACCUCCACUGGAAUGCACCAGUUUGCAUUUCAGAGAGUUCCAGUUUGCCCAGGCUAUGCUCUUUGCCAUAGAGGAGAUUAAUAACAACACAGACCUACUGCCUGGCAUCUCUCUGGGCUACAAGAUCUAUGAUGUCUGUGGCUCCAUUGCCAGAGGUGUGAGGGUCACACUGGCCUUGGCUUCUGGUAAUGAAGUGGUAUUUGCACCCUCCGAGGCACCAUGUAAUGGACCUGCCCAUGUGCAGGCAAUUAUGGGAGAAACCUCUUCUUCUCCUUCCAUGGCUAUAUCUACUGUUAUUGGACCCUUUCAUAUUCCAAUGAUCAGCCACUUUGCUACUUGUGCUUGUCUCAGUGAUAAAACCAAGUACCCAUCCUUCCUCAGAACAAUACCCAGUGACUUAUACCAGAGCAGAGCCCUGGCUCAGUUGGUCCAGCACUUCGGUUGGACUUGGGUUGGAGCUAUAAGAACAAAUGAUGAUUAUGGCAAUAACGGCAUGGCCAUAUUCAUAGAAACUGCCCAGCAGCUGGGCAUUUGUCUAGAAUACUCUGUAUCUGUCUUUAGAACAGAUCCACCAGACAAAAUACAAAAGGUAAUUGACAUUAUCAAAGCCUCCACUUCGAAGGUGAUUGUCGCUUUCCUCUCCCACUUGGAUAUGGACAUGGUAAUACAUGAGUUGUCUCAACACAACAUGACUGGGUAUCAGUGGGUAGGCAGUGAGAGCUGGAUUUUUGAUUCCCAAACUGCAGCCAUGGAUAGGCAUCACAUUAUGGAUGGCGCCAUAGGCCUGUCCAUCCCUAAAGCACAUGUCAGUGGCAUGAGAGAGUUCAUGUUGGAUGUGAAGCCGCUCAAUUCAUCAAGUAAUGAAUUAUUCACAGAGUUUUGGGAGACAUUAUUUAACUGCAAGUUCAAGCAGUCAAAGUCAUCAACAGGGAAUCAGAGAGAAUGUACUGGAGAUGAAGAUCUGACUGGAGUGCAAAACAGCUUUACUGAUAUGUCGCUCAUGCCUAUCUUUAACAAUGUCUAUAAAGGAGUGUAUGCUGUGGCUCACGCACUUCAUAAUAUUCUCAACUGUAAUGAAACAUGUAACAACACAGUGCAGCUAGAUCCCUUCACGAUUUUACAGCACAUAAAAAAGGUUCAGUUCAAAACGAAGGAUGGGGAUGAGGUUUACUUUAAUGAGUUUGGAGACCCAUCAGCAAAGUAUGAAAUUAUAAACUGGCAGCCAACAGAAAAUGGUAUUGUGGACUUUGUCACUGUUGGUUUUCAUGAUGCAUCUUUACCUGCAGACAAACAACUUAAUCUGGAAAAUAAGUCUUUAGUUUGGGCACAAAACUCACAAAAGGUGCCAGUGUCAGUUUGCAGUGAGAAAUGUCCUCCAGGAACUCGCAAAGUUCUCCAGAAAGGAAAGCCUAUCUGCUGCUACGACUGUUUAAGAUGUGCAGAGGGAGAAAUCAGCAACAUUACAGAUUCUAUCACCUGUGUGAGAUGUGACCCUGAGUUCUGGUCAAAUGAGAGAAGAGAUGCCUGUGUAAAGAAGGUGGCAGAGUUUCUAUCAUAUGAAGAGAUUAUGGGAGCACUGCUUACUGCAGCAUCUCUAUUUGGAACAUGCAUGACUGUUGUUGUGGCAUUCAUUUUCUUCAGAUACAGACAGACUCCUAUUGUCAGAGCCAACAACUCUGAGCUGAGCUUCCUGCUGCUCUUCUCAUUGACUCUGUGUUUCCUGUGCUCUCUGACCUUCAUCGGCCGGCCCUCUGAAUGGUCCUGCAUGCUGCGACACACCGCAUUCGGCAUCACCUUUGUCCUCUGUAUCUCUUGUGUUCUGGGGAAAACAAUAGUGGUGUUAAUGGCCUUCAGGGCCACACUUCCAGAUAAUAAUAUGAUGAAAUGGUUUGGGCCUGCACAGCAGAAACUCAGUGUCCUGGGUUUCACUCUUAUACAAGUUAUCAUAUGUAUCCUCUGGUUAACAAUUUCUCCUCCUUUUCCAUUUAAGAAUUUUAAGGAGUCUAAGGACAAAAUCAUCUUAGAGUGUGCUCUGGGGUCAGCUGUAGGCUUUUGGGCUGUACUUGGCUACAUAGGACUUCUGGCCAUGUUAUGUUUUAUUCUUGCUUUUCUGGCUCGGAAACUGCCUGAUAAUUUCAAUGAAGCCAAAUUUAUCACCUUCAGCAUGUUGAUAUUCUGUGCAGUGUGGAUCACUUUUAUCCCAGCGUAUGUCAGCUCUCCUGGGAAGUUCAGUGUUGCUGUAGAGAUAUUUGCUAUUCUGGCUUCAAGUUUUGGACUGCUCGUUUGUAUUUUUAUUCCAAAAUGUUACAUUAUCUUACUAAAACCAGAGAAGAACACAAAAAAGAAUAUGAUGGCAAAGGGCACACCAAAAUCAUUCUGAAAAACCUAAAAUGAUAUGAUGGCUAAAGCAUUCUUGUGCCAUCAUACAUUUUACAGACUAAUUGUUUUAACCUGACUGUGAAGUAGACAUCAGUCUUCAUUUUAUUGAAGAUUGAACAUUGUACUACCGUAGUAUUUUUCCACUGUAUAUCAUGUCUUUUGUGAUAUUGCGAUGACAUCUUUUAAUACAAUGUUAUAUACAACCAUAUAAACCAAUACACUGUAUAUAUAUAUAAUUAAGUACAAAUACAUGCACAAGCCCAAUAGAUAAUUUCUUAUUAAUGUCACAACAUUUAAUACAAUUUAUAAAAUUGUGAUCAAAGAAUACAAUCUGUAGGUUUUACCCACAAUAAACAUCAUUUGAUUUGCUGAUGCUGGAGUUCAACCAUGACAACUUCCCCUUGUACUGGAUUAUAGAGCAGAGCACAGGUGUGCCAUAUGUUGACUCUUCUCGUCUUGGUUCUGCUUAUGGUGAAGGGAAACUGUGUGCUGAGUGCAAUGCUCACAAGUCACAAUGCUUCACAAGAGAGUCGAGGUUUUGCCAAUGUUUUCUGCAAGCCACACGGUUCCCAGCAGAAAUAAACAGUGAAAAUGGUCUGUUCAUAGUCAUAUCAACCUUACAGCAGCUCCAUACGCCUUUCACUGUUAUUUCAAUGUCUGUGUCUGUUAAAUAUGUCACAGACAUGGAAAAAAUAUAAAUGUAUUUUCUAAACUCAACACCUCCUGUAUCUGUUUCAGAUUAAAAGCUUUCUGGCAUUUCUGUGGACAGAAUCCA